UAAAGUUUUGCCAUUCACAGAUGCAAAUAAUGGUUAUUUUAUGCUUUGUGCUAUUUGUAAAAUCUAAACAAACAUAUGUAAUCUUUCUUACUUCAGGGUUUAUCAACACAGACACCUUAACCUUCCCUUGAUGCUUAAUUGUGUCAGAUAUCCUUUGAUUGUUCUCCUGCUUGCAUUUUGGCUUGUGUACAGACGUCUGGUUUGCAGCUCCCAGCUCGUCUCUCUCUAAGGGACCUGGCGGGGCUUUACUUUGCAAUCCAGGCCGCCAAAACUCCAGCUCUCAUCCUCAAGAAAGACUAAUGGCCUUGUGCAUCUGGCACAGUUAGCGUAAAACCUCUUGCUGUGUUUUAAAUUACACAUAUUUUACUUAGACAGUAGACAGAGGAAGAUUUGGAGGGGAUGAUUGUAAGAUUCAAACUUAGUGUUGUGAAGAUGUGGUUCAUGCUUUGUGUUGGGCCCUCAAAACUCUCUGCAAACAGUUUGAUAUCAGAUUUAAAGAAAGAAAAACUUCAAAUUCCCUGCCGCAAUUACUGUUUUUCUCUUGUGCCGAACAGCUUUAGUUUGCAGUUUUUUCUCCUGCACAAGUAAGACAAUUGUUCUCUUCUUCCCAUUUUGAACGGUUUGAUUGCCAUUUUUCUCCUUUGUCUCUCCUAGUCUGACUUUCUCUGCAGCUGUAUCCGAGGCAGAAAAUGAUGAUAAUUGUGAGAGCGUGGUCCCAGUCUGACGAGGACAGAGCUGUCCUUCAGAGUAUCUUUCUAUCUAUCGACACGCCUGUUUCUCUGCCAGAAAAUGACAAAAAAGACAGCUGAUUGAUCCACAGCUGAUGAACAAACUCCGAAUCAAUUUGACUCUAUUUUCAAGAAAAUAUGACCGUGUAGUUUGUGUGUGGAGGCAAACGGGCAGAGUCAAUAAAUGAUUCAUAUAUGGAUUACAGAAAGAGGCAGAUAAUUGGGUCAGAACUGCAGUUAGUUCGUUGGAUAUUUGCUACGAUCAGAGUGUGGGAGAGGGGGAAAGUGAGGGAAUAAUUAAAGACAGAAAGGAUAGAUGGAUGGAACACAGAAGUUGAUCAAAUGCGUUUAUACCUGCACAUUGUAGUACAGAGUUUGCACGUGUUGUGUAUUCAUUUCCUUAUGAGCAUGUGUUUGUGUUUCUCAGAGGAGAGUAAUGUUGUAUAAAGCCCAGUAAUCCCUCUUUUGUUACGACUGUUGUCCCCCAUUGUGGGGCAGAAGUCAAUUUCCACAAAGCCACUAGUCUCUCACUCGGUUCUGUUUAGUAUUUCUCUCUGUGUGAUCGCCAUAGCAGCACUGGGGUUGUGCAUCAAGCUGUGUGUUUGUGUAUACAGUGAGAGGGCUAGUAUAGACCUGUCCUCUCUCCCUGGGGGUAUGUUUGGGGUUCCUAUUUGGGCUUUCUUCUUCACAAAGACCCACUUCCCCUGUGAGGCCCCUAACACACACACACACAGCAAAACAACAUGCAGGUAUUCACGUGGGCAAAGUCACUCAAAGUACACAACUUCUUUUCGUGCACAUUUGCUGAUGUUCACACACACACACGCACGCACGCACACGCACUUACAUGUUUUUUGGUGGCUGAAGUGGAGGUUGUGACAAGUGGCCUCUGGGGAUUUAGUGCUUCCUGGGGAAGGUCACAUUGAAGGAAAGACUUUUUUUAGAUGGAGGGAGAGGGAGCAAAGAAAGAGAGAGGAUUGGAAGGAGAGAGGGGAAAACGGUUGUCACAAAUAAUCUCAGGGAACACAAUCUACCUUCUCUUGCUCUGCUUUUGAAUCCAUUCACGCAGACAGAGAGCAAUAAAAGAAGUAGGACGUGCAGGAAGCAAAGGAUUAAGGAGACUGAUAAGAAUUCCACUGCAAAUUGCAUUAUGGUGCCCUUUGUCAAAACCUCACAUACAGCUAAUAAAGGUAACCUUCACUGUGUACUUUCAAUCUGAUGAAAAUGUGUUGUUAUAGCAAUAAAAUAAACCAUGUUGCUACCUGUAUUUGGAGUUAAUACCGUAUGAGAUUUAACAAAACCACGUUUUUUUUCAGAUUUUCUUGCAAGACUUCUUAAAAAUAAAUCAAAUUUUUUUUAAUGUCUAAUAACAUUCCUGCUUUCAGCUUUACGUUUUCGCUUGACGUUGAACUGAAAGCUGAUACCUCCAUGCAUUCUCCGCUAACUCCGCCAUGAAAUAUGUCCAGAAAAAAAAGGAAAGAAAGAAAAGAAACAUCGCUCAGCUGCCACUAGAUCACAGCAAGGCUUGAAAAGACGCCACAGAAUGUGUGUGUUCGUUACUAAAUCUUUUUUUUCUUCUGUAAUAUGUGUCAGUGAGGCAUGUGCAGGCAUUCAUGAGUGGGUGUACAGUAUGCGUGUGCAUGUGUGUGGAGGUUGCUCAGUGUUAUAAACACCAGUGGAGUUUGUUUACAUGCUCGAUAUCACUUUGGGAAAGCUGCCGUUCACUAAGAUAUGCACACAUACAGUAUAUUUAGUGUGUGUACAGCAAAGAGGAAGGAGUGUGAGUCUUUGUGUGUAUGUGUGUGUGUGUGAUUACUAACUCCUAAUAGUCUAUUUCUAACUGUCUGUCCAGAUUUCAAGUGCAGCUUGCCAGGAAGUGUAAUUUCCUGCUGAAGAGACUGAUUCAGCAGCAUCCAGCUGUUGUGUUUGUGUGGAGAGAAAGGAGACAGAAAGAGGAGGCGACUGCCUGUUUUUUUUCCAUACAACUACUUUAUAGUUGUUUUUCCAGGUGCCACGAGCCCCCAUCCCUACCUUGCCAGCCGCUCUCCCCCACCCACAAACCCACCAAUCAUUCCUCCCCCCUCCUCCCAGUUGCUCUUUUUCACACUUUUAAGUAGGAAACUUUGGCUCCAUAAUUCUCCCGAGAACCCAGGAUAGAUCAUAUGUCCGCACCCUCAGUUGUAAUAGUUGUAGUAACCUUUCAGUGUUGUCCUUUCUUUCUGUGGUUAUUCUAAAAGCCCUGCAUCCCUGUAUGCAGUUCUGAACUUAUAUCAACUAUUAGCUGCAUGCCUGUAUUGGCAGGGUCUUCACGAAUUCUGAAGAAUUCUCAAUUAUUUGAUUUCAAGAUGGUGGGUUUUUACUUUUCUGUUUUCUUUUAAAAUCCUAUCGUAGAUUGAAAUAUGCGCUGAAAAUAAUAUAUACAUAACUCGACAGUUUCUAUAAAUACACAGUUUGUUUGUUUAGAUUUAGAGUGAGGUGUGUGCUAGUGCCUUCUCACCACAGUAUUACAUUUAAUGUGUGUGUUUUACAGUAAGCAUGGGCAUAGGAGGGCACAGCUCUGAGGAACACGUUGCCUCUGAAGGGGGAGUGAAAACAGGAAAAAAAAGAAAUGGGUGCAGUUCAGUGUGAUAAUAUUUCGAUUAAUUGUGCAGCCCCAGCAGGGAGGGAGCUCUUUGCUAUACCGUACACAGAGUUUGGAAUUUUUUUUUGUUUCUUCUGAAGCAGUAGAAGUUAAAUAUUGCCUAAAGGCAAAAAAUGUAGGAAUGGAAAGCAACAGGUGUUUUCUCCUUUCGACACACCCGCCUCUCUUUUGCUGAGUCAUGAUUUGUCGGCGGGGUCAGAGAAACCUCUUUGUAGCUCUGCUGUGACAAGCGAGGGAUUCGCAUCUUUUUUUCUGCUUUGCCCGUUUGAACAUUCCACGCUUCAAUGUCUCGCUUCUGCCCCCUCCUUUUGAUCUGUAAGUGUUUACGUGUGUAUUUGAGGUUUGAUGUUGCAUGAAGUUAAGUGCGGUUUUGCAGGUUUUUUGAUGAUUAAGCUUCAUAAGCCCUCUUAUCAGCUGUCUUCUGGAUGAUAUGCACUCACAUGCACUCGCAUUCACAUUUAUCCACCUCUUGCCAAACUCCUGAUGAUUUACUUUCUUUUCCUCUGUUUUUCUUUUCCCUCUUUUUGCACCCUCUCUCCUCCCUCUCUCCCUCCCUCCCUUCUCUGCUGACUCACAGGUGGUGUCCUCCCGUCAGAAACACAAACGCCCUCUGACACAUGGCUGACAGCGGGAGACGGAAGGGGCGAGAGUGAGUACGGGACUGACAGAGAUACAGAAACACACGCACAGAAAGAAAGAGGCAGUCGGCCAUCUGUGGUCGGUCCCCUGCUAUUCUGCAGCUGUGUUGGAGUCAGCAAACGGUUCUGAACUCCGUCAGGACUCCAGAAAGGACCCCAGAGUGAGAUUAAGGGUGUUCUCCCUACAUCUCAUUGCUCAGGGGAUGAGCCUCGGCUGGGGCAAUGUUAAGGCCUCACUGGCCUUGGAUGCGGCCCCUGGGGGUGCUUCUCCGGAGGGGUGGGUGAUACCCCAGCUGGAUCUUCUGCUGUCACCAUCCUCCACAGCUGUCAUUAGCGGCUAAUGAGCUGCUGCUAGAGAGGAAACGGAGAAGGGGGCCUGUGGAGAGAGGAGGAAGUUACAGCUGUUAUUAAGAGGCCCAGAGGUCUCGGACAAGGAAUUUGUCCUUCCUUCUUCCUCUGCAAGACAGUGGAACCCUUUAAAGCUGUUUCGGGUGCCAGCAUGAAAGGAUAUCGAAUUUGGAAAUAAUUGUUUUUAAGACAUCUCUUUUCAGGUGUUUUUUUUUUUGUUUGAUUACAGUCUUGACAUGCCUCUGACAAUGGUCACUAUGCAGUUAAAAUAAUUUUUUUCAGCAAACUGAUUCAGUAUUUAGACAUAAACUUUUUUCUCUCUCAACUGAAGGAGUUUUGACAUUUAAUUCAUCUACCGUUUUUGGGUCAAGCUAUUUAGUUUUUGUUUUACACUUUGAUAUUAUUUUCACUUUUCUAUGUCCUGAAGGACAUUGGUCACCAUGGCAGCAGCCUAUCGUGUCGUGGUGAGCAGUGUCAGCUGCUACAACAGUGUGGUAGUUGACCGGCGAACUCACUCCCAUGCUGUGCACUACUGCUCGGGGCCAUGUGGGGCGCUGUCCCAGGGACUAGACUGUACCGUCGCACACCACGGCACCUGUUCCGAGCUGAUUGUUGCACCUGACACUGCAUACACUGACGCAAACGGCUCACUCAUACACUCCCAUAACAUGAUCACUCAACAACUCCACAACCAUAGUAAAGUGACUGUUACCAUGGAUACAACUUAUAAUGGUGGUUUAGACAGCAGUGGCAAUUUGUGUUUAGGGGAGGAUAGCCCCACAUGGCGUGGUAAAAAGGCUCCCAGUGGCGGAGGCUCGACUGGGAACCUGAGCUCCUCUGGCAGUCUGAAGGACAUCACCGAAGAAGCCAUCAACCUGGCCAGUGGUAAGCUCAAAGAGUUUUCUUUUGACAAGCUCCGGCUCUCUUCCUCCAACCAUGUCACCUUCCGGAAAGGUCGUAAGGUCCGUCCUGAUUCUCUCAGCCGUCGCUCCACCGACCUGGAGAUCAUCUACGGCCACUUCAGCUCCAAUAUCACCACAAAUGGAACUGCUAAUGGGAUGGCAAAUGGCACGGGUCUAUCUAAUGAUGAGAACCUGCCACCAUUUGUGCCAGGGAAGGUAGCAGGCCUGGAGGAGACGAAGCUAAAGGGCAGCACAGCCACCCUGUCGGCCAUCACCAAAUUGAGUGGUGGAUCAACAAGUAGCCUGUCGAGUAUUGGGUCUUUGGACCAAAAUCUGAUCACAAUGGCCUCCCUGUACCGCAACACUCUAGGAGAGGAGAACCUGAUUGCCCGUCUGCUGGAGAAGACACGAGCAGAGGCGGGCACUGGGGGAGCAGGCGGGGAGGACAUCCGUGCCUGCCUUGACAUCCUGCUUAAAUGUUCUGAAGACUUAAAGAAAUGCACCGACAUCAUCAAGCAGUGCAUCAGACACAAGGCUGGUGGAGGGCCAGAGGAUGGCGGAGCCAGUCCUGACAGUGUAUAUCGGGCCGUGAUGACCCGACUCAGCUCCUAUUUGAAGAGAAUACCUCUGGAGCUGGAGGGAAUUGGAAGUUUGGGAGGAAGUGGACAGGGGGGUCAGGGUGCGCUUGGAAGCGGCCACAGCGAUCUGGCUGAGCUGGUCAACACUCUUCACUCCAUCCAGCAGGGCGUGUACUCUCCAAUAUUUGGCAAUGAGCAACCUCCUCGCUAUGAGGAUGUGGUGAUGUCACCUCCCCUAUCAAAGACUGCUCCUCAUUCUACGGCUACUCUCUCUCCUGUUUCAUCUUCCUCCUUGUCUUCUUUGAAAUCAGACUCCAUCCAUACAAAACCAGUCCAAAGUUCCCCGUCCAGAGGCACUCCACUGACAAACGGACUACAACAUCCACAUCUUUCUUCUGUCACACAACACACACUCUCUCCCCCAUCUGUCACAUGCUCUCCAUCCGGCUCCUCUCCAACACACUCUCCUUCCCCUCUUCGUACCUCCCCAACCCCACUGUACACACACACUCCUCCAGCAUCCCCCAUGGAGGCUCUUUAUAUUGAGGAGGAGGCAGAUAUGGGAAAGACACCUGAACAAGUCUCACAACAGACACACACUCCAACUAGAGGGGUGACCGCUACCCAGAACAAAAAUGGGAUUACAUUGGGUCAACACAUGCACCUGUCUUCUCAUCCACACACGCUUCAUAACUCUUCAAAUACUUUGCCGGACAGCACUGGCUACAGCCCCACUUGGCCUUCCUCUGCCUCACUAACAAUCUCAGCACCCAAAGCGGUGUCACACAGGAAUGAUGACAUUGACAAGCUGCUGAUGGACUUAGAAAAUCUGUCUCAGAGUAUGAGCCACCCCAAAAACACUGAGCCUCCACUUCCCGCCAAAACCAGGAAGAGAGAAGGAGGCCAGGGAAUCACUUCCAGUGAGGCCCUUACUCAGCCUAAAAUGGCCCAGUUCCAAGUCCAAAAGUCAGCCAACCACCUAGCCAUGAAUGGCCCUACCACCAGGACUCCCACUCCUCCCCAGGGAGAGAACAGUGAAGCUGUAGUGGGAGAGGAGGAGGAUGGGGCGCUGCUGCUGAGGAUCCUUGAGAGCAUUGAGAGUUUUGCCCAGGAGCUGGUGGAUACUGGGGCGGGGAGCACAGGGAGUGCUGAGAGGAACAGUGGGAAAGAGCGGGAGGUGAUGAGGCUCCUGCAGGAUACACUAACCACCACUGGCAGGGCUGAUACCCCUCUGGAGAGCACAAGCCCACCAGCUGCUCCCAUUGCUCCCUCCAUGCACACACAUGCAGCUUCACAAAUCCCAGCUAUACCGACAAAACACUUCCUGGUAAACACACCUGCAGUUUCACCUGCACCGACGCCUACAUCUAAAGUUGCGUGCAAUGCUACAUCCGAAGCGUCACCAAAACCUACACCUAAAGCUGCCCCCAAACCUAUGCCCACACCUGAGCCUAAAACUGAGGCUACAGAUAAAGUUACAGAAGCCUCUACAGGGGAGACUGACACAACAUCCAUCCCUGCCCCUGUAAUGUCUGCACCUGCAAGCCUGCAUUCCUCCACACAUUCAGCUGAACCUACACCUGUGGCUGCACCUGAAGCUCCAGCCCCUGUUGCAAUCCCAAUUGUGGUAGCCGCGAGAGAUGCUGUCGGCGACCCUGUUGCUGUGAGAGACACUGGCUCAACCCUCCUCAUCCAGCAGACUCCAGAGGUGAUCAGAGUCCAGUCCAAACCCGAGAAGAAACCAGGCACACCUCCACCGGCCCCUGCCCUGUCCACCCACACCCCCACCCCCACCCCAACACCACGCUCACCCAGCCCUCCUCCGGCUCCGGUGAUAGUCACCCCUCCUCCCCCUGCCAUCAACAUUCCCAGGUUCUACUACCCCCGUGGGCUCCCCGCCAUGGGCCCGGCCACCAACCACGACGCAGCCAUUGCUGCCAUCGAGACGGCCUUCACUGAAUUUGAGGAGGAGAAGGCUGACAUAUAUGAAAUGGGCAAGAUCGCAAAGGCAUGCGGGUGUCCACUUUACUGGAAGGCUCCCAUGUUCUACUCAGCAGGUGGUGAGAGAACGGGCUUUGUAUCUGUUCACUCCUUCAUUGCAACCUGGAGGAAGUUGUUGCACAGUUGCCACGAUGACUCGUCAAGGUUUAUCUCCCUGCUAGCCAAACCCAGCUGUAACUACCUGGAGCAGGAGGACUUCAUCCCUCUAAUGCAGGACAUAGUGGAUACGCAUCCUGGGCUCACAUUUCUGAAGGAUGCACCUGAAUUCCAUUCCCGCUACAUAACAACGGUGAUCCAACGGAUAUUCUACGUGGUUAACCGUUCGUGGACGGGUCGCAUGACCAUGAUGGAGCUGCGCAGGAGCAACUUCUUACAGACCUUGGCCCUGCUGGAGGAGGAGGACGACAUCAACCAGAUCACUGACUACUUCUCUUACGAACACUUCUACGUCAUCUACUGCAAGUUCUGGGAGCUUGACACUGACCAUGACCUCUACAUUGACCCCAAAGACCUGGCAAGAUACAAUGACCAUGCCUCCUCAAACAGAAUCAUUGAAAGGUUGUUUUCAGGGGCCGUUACUCGGGGUAACGCUGUGCAGAGGGAAGGCAGGAUGAGCUACGCCGAGUUCGUCUGGUUCCUCAUGUCUGAAGAGGACAAGAAAAAUCCCACCAGUAUAGAGUACUGGUUCCGCUGCACGGACGUGGAUGGCGAUGGUGUCCUGUCCAUGUUUGAGUUGGAGUAUUUCUAUGAAGAACAGUGUGAGAGAAUGGAAAGGAUGGGCAUCGAACCUCUGCCCUUCCAGGAUUUGCUCUGCCAGAUGCUCGACCUGGUCAAACCUGAGAGUUCAGGUAAGAUAACCCUCAGUGAUUUGAAGCGCUGCCGGAUGGCCCACAUAUUCUUUGACACCUUCUUCAAUCUGGAGAAAUACCUGGACCACGAACAGAGAGACCCAUUUGCUGUGCAAAAGGACAUUGAUAGUGAAGGUCCAGAGCCGUCUGAUUGGGAUAAAUAUGCCUCAGAGGAGUAUGAGAUUCUGGUUGCGGAGGAGACUGCAAAUGAACAGCUACAUGAGGGGUCCUUUGAUGACGACUAUGAAUCCGAGGAGCUUCAAGUUCCAGGAGAGAUUGGGAAUAAAAUGGAAAAACUGGUCAUAUCAGACCUGUCAGCAUAGAACUCCGUCUUUGGAAUUCCUGGGCUUUUCAUUCUGGAAAACAAACAAGGAAUGCAGUGAUAGGAGCUCCCUGUGGACGGAUGCAUCACAAAAUACACGGACGUAAAGACUUAAAACGGAUUUGGCAUCUGUUUCUCGACGACUUUGGAGUCUCCUCAUAACGGACUCAUCGUUUUUCUGUGUGUGUGUGUGAGACCGUAAACCAGUACUGUUCUUGUGUCUGGUGCAAUAACGCAUCCGUACUCAUACAGAGAACAAUUUCACUGCCUCCAGCUCUUUGCUCCGUCCGACAGAACAAAGCCGACGAUGGGGUGGAGAAGUGUAUGAUAAGCUCUUAAAGGAAUUAAGACUAAACAUUUCACUGUAAAAUAAUGUAAUUGUGAAUUUUCUACAGACAAUCCUGCCAGCAGACAAUCAUCUGAAGGUAGACAGACAGGUCAGACUGUCAGUUACACAAACAGACUCCUAGUGAGACAGAAACAGAAGAUAUAGUGAUAGGCACUGAAAACCCACAGUCAUCUGCUCAAUAAGGAUACAUAGAGACAGACACUGCCAUCGGAAACCUGCUGCCUGUGCAGCUGUGUCACUGUGUUCCUUGUAAAGGAAGUCGUUAAACCUCCAGUCCCUUCAGGGGAGGAAUCAUGUAACAGUUUGGGUGAUUGUAACAGCACCUCUCUGUGGCCAGUCUGUGCUAAUGCCGGCCAUCACUGUCAUGCACGGUGCAUAAUGGCUGGCCAACUUUUCCAAGAGGGAGUUCAGUUCACUGCACAGCCUGAGCUGCUCUAUUAUUAGUUCAGCAUUAUCAUUGCUCCACCUCUGGACUCCCUUUGAAAUCCGUUUUUAAACCCUGUAAAAAAAGUCUCUGACGACAACGACUGGAAGGUCACUUUAUUGUGUCAUUUCUCAGUCAGGUCCCAGUGAGACAUAUGCACAUAUAAUGAUGCAUGUUGACAAACAUAUCAAACUCUCUGGUAGAGUUGCCCACACAUUUCCACCCAUAACAUUUGACACGCAAUAGAUGCGCAUAACAACUGUGAGUUGUUCCUGUCAGUCUCAUGCAAUUAUCCAGCACAUGUACAGCACCUGGUAAUUACUUUGAUCUGUUUUAAAAAUGUAUGCCAAAAAUUGUAAUUUUCCUGCUUCUACAUCUCAUUGUCGUACACCGUUUGUUUGUUUAUGGAACAUCUGUUCUCCCUGUUACACACACACACACACACACACACAGUACCAGACACACCACUAAAGAUGCCGCUUAAGGACUCAGUUCAUGCAAAUUAUGAAAACAUAUAUUCUCAUACCUCUAGUGGUAUCUAGUCUGCAGGUUUUUUUGCAGAAGUUUUAUGAAAUCCGUCUCUGAGAUUUUUGCCUCGACCACAUCAUGAAUGGAAUUUAAUUUGUGGCUCUUAAAACAUUGGAGCUACUUACAUUAACGGGGAGAUGUGUUACUGUAAUUUGUCUUUGCUUUAAGCACCAACUUACUUCCUUUCACCUGUAUUUUAUUCAAAUGUAGGCAGACAUCUCAGUGACUGAUAGAUUAGAACUGAGGCAAAUAAAAUCCAAACUAUUUGCAUAGACAGAUGCACUCAGUGAGAUUUUACCUUUUUAAUUUGAAUAAACUGACCCUUUCACUCUAUUAUUUACUGUGCUGCACUCACAGGGACAGGUGCAUGUAUGCACACUGCCCUUGCUGUAUUAGCUAGCAGCGUGUGUUUGCUUAGAAAUUACUGAUAGAGGGGUGUGUUUUAGGAGCGUGUGAUGUGUAGCUCUCAGUUUCAGGCUCUUUAUACGUCAUAGUCGUUGCCAUGGGGAUGGUGUUCCCGGUGUGUGUGUGUGUGUGUGUGUGUGUGUGUGUGCGUGUGUGUGCUUGUAUAACUCUUUAAUUAGGAAUGGGACAGCUUUUGUCCUCAUUGGCUUCAAAUUCACUGACAUAUACCUCCUUUCCUGGCACUUACUGUACAUACACUUAUGCACACACACACCACAGUUGCUAUUGAAAGGGAGAAAGAGCUAGUGGACGCUGUAGGUUUCCCCCUUCUGCUCUAUAGCCAUUGUAAAUGUGCCCCACUGUGUAUUAAACUAUAUUAUAAUAGUAAUAACUAAUGAGAGCCAUUAUAAAUAUAACGGCUCCGAUUUUUGAUGUAUUUUGAUGGUUUGUAUUGCUGUGCCACUGUGUGGCUCGGGAUAGGGGGGUAAGUUAUGUUAGAUGUGUGUAUGUUUGUGUUUGACGCACGGUGGAUUCCAUCCGCAGAAGAGGGAAUCCUCUGGAGGACUGCUCUGACAAUCACAAAAAUAUGAGAAACGGCUCAUAUGGAGACCCUCUGAGACUGAUGUUUCACAGCUGUGGUCACACACACACACUCACUCACACACUCCCAAGGAGACCCACUCAUCCAAACAGUAUUUACGAAGAACUGUUGAAGGCAAUGAUGCAUCUCCGAUUGCGUCCUUGUACUCACACAUGCAGCAUCAGGCAAGGAGAAACCCAUGCAGGACUUUUACUUUGAAAUUGCAUCCCUACUUUGAAAGGUAGACGGAAGACUUUUAUUUGUAUGUACUUCCUCUGUGCAGUGGAGACUUGAGUAGGCUGAGAUGUGUUCAGAUCCUGACGGUUAUUGUGUUGGCAUGGUUUUCUUUCUGUCAAUCACUUUACUUUCUUUUUUUGUUUCAAUUUCUUUCUCUUAUUUUCUUUCUUUCUUUUCCU